AACGAAGCCAUGGCCGUUUCCACUUCAGUUAAGACGAUAAGAGAGGCCUGGUUUCAGUUAAAUGGUGUCAUGUGCCUAUACAAACCUACCCAAAUAUCAUGGAAGCAAAUGAGGAAUACGCUCGCGUUUAAUAUUUCUAGAGAUAUGAAUGAACUUGAACAAGAUGCUCCAAGGAAAUAUGUGAAAAUUGAAUCUCUGACUAAUGGCACAAAUGUAGACCUACCGGCACCUGCUAGUUACUCAGUAACCACCAUCCCAAAUCUUGCUGACCAUGAACUUGUCAGAGGACCAGCAAUUCUUGCUGAUGACCUUCGGUUACAACCAGGAAACUUACUAGGUUUUAGGACAGCCGGAGUAGUUGUGGUAGGACUUAAUAAAGGCAAUAGAAGCCUGCACAACUUAAAUCUCAGCCGACCUACAAGUGCAUACCAUAUUAAAAGUCAAUUUGGGCUGGCCACCGACUCUCAUUGGGAUGAUGGUAAGGUUUGGGAAAAAACUACUUUUAUACACAUCAGCAGAGACAAACUGGAUCGAAUGCUGGCAUCAAUCCAAGCAUCAAAUCAAAAGAAAAUGUUUGAGUAUUGUGGAGUAGAUCCUCAAAGUCAAACCGCUUACGAACUUGCCAGUAAAGGGUUGCUUAGACCCGCAGUUAAUGGACCUCCACUAAUUUAUGGAAUUAAAUGUGUUCAUUUUAAUCCUCCCGAUUUCACAUUAGAAAUCCAUUGCGCUAAUGAAAAUGAGCAGUACAUGGCAGCCCUUAUCCAUGAUCUGGGUUUAUCGCUGAAAACUACAGCCGUGUGCCAACAGAUACGUUGUAUCCGUUAUGGGUGCUUUACAGUAGAUGACGCAUUACUUAGAAAACAUUGGUCACUUGAGUACCUUCCAGACCAUAUGAGUCAUUGUCACACGAAACUGAGGUCUCUUCCAGACAUAGGACCGCAGUUAGCCACUUACGAUCGUCUACAACCGUCACAAAAUCCGCCAACAAAAAGUUAAAAAAGAAAAAGACGUAACUAUGACCUUAUUAUUAACGAAACCGCGUGGAACACAACCACUCAAGAAAUACAACGUGAAAAUAGU